UGUCUGCGUAACUCUCUCGCCGCUUCUCUGUUAUGAGUUAAAUUUCCAACCCACUCCACCACUAAGAUUCUCUUUAACGUUUAGAAUAUCUAUAUUAUUUUUUUCAUUAACCUGGUGUCACGGAUCGAGACCAUCACAAGUUCACCAAAGCAAUCCAUCUGCUGAGAAACCGGGGUGGUCUUGCAAGGAAAGAAUCAUUCUGUCCAACCAACCAAAUUACCCAAUAUUUUUCUGUUUUCUUUAAUUCCGCGCCGGUAGUAUUUUAUUGUUCUACUUUUUUUUUGUUUAUUUUUAGCAUUUCUAGACUUUUUUCUCUCUCUACUAGCUCUCUUUAUAUUUACUUCCCUCUGUAAUGUGGGGGCGGCCGGGUGGGUGUUUCCUGUAAUUGGUGCCUGAGGGAGUGGGCUAAAGGAGAGGAAGAAGGUGAAGGAAGAGAAUUAGGAGAAGCAGUAAAAGGAAAAGGUGUGUUAUUUGUGGGCUUUUGAUGAUGAGAGAGGCUGUGAGAGAAGGUUGGUGAAGUGAGGGUCUUUGCUGUGAGAGAGGGUCUGAUGGAUACCAAAAGACGGCUUAUUGCAGGUUCUCACAACAGGAAUGAGUUCAUUCUUAUCAAUGCCGAUGAGGUUGCCCGAGUGACAUCCGUUCAAGAAUUGAGUGGGCAAAUUUGCCAGAUCUGUGGGGAUGAGAUAGAAAUCACAGUCGAUGGAGAGCCACUCGUUGCUUGCAACGAAUGUGCCUUUCCUGUGUGCAGACCUUGCUAUGAGUACGAAAGAAGAGAAGGCAAUCAGGCCUGUCCUCAAUGCAGAACAAGAUACAAGCGCAUCAAAGGGAGUGCUAGAGUUGAAGGUGAUGAAGAAGAGGAUGAUACUGAUGAUUUGGAGAACGAGUUUGACAUUGGAGGCAACCCUCACCACAUUGCUGAGACCAUGCACUCUGCCCGCUUUAAUGUUGGCCGAGGUUCCCAAGCCAAUGCUUCAGCGACUGCCACACCAACAGAGCUGGAUUCUGCAUCUGUUUCUCCAGAUAUCCCUCUGCUGACCUACGGUGAAGAGGAUGUGGGAAUAUCACCUGAUAAGCAUGCCCUUUUUGUUCCCCCAUUUAUGAGUCGUGGGAAACGGGUCCUUCCAAUGCCAAUUUCCGAUUCUCCCAUGUCAUUUCAACCCAGACCCAUGGAUCCAAAAAAAGACUUGUCUCUCUAUGGAUAUGGAACUGUUGCUUGGAAGGAGAGAAUGGAGGAGUGGAAAAAGAAGCAGAAUGAGAAAUUUCAGGUGGUUAAGCACCAAGGAGGAGACAGUGGUGGAAAAAAUGACGGUGAUGAAUUGGAUGAUCCUGAUUUGCCCAUGAUGGAUGAAGGCAGGCAGCCACUUUCGAGGAAGUUAUCAAUUCCUUCAAGCAAGAUAAAUCCAUAUAGAAUGAUAAUUCUUCUCCGAAUUGUCAUUCUCGGGUUAUUUUUUCAGUAUAGGAUCACCCAUCCAGUCAAUGAUGCAUAUGGAUUGUGGUUAACAUCAGUCAUUUGUGAAAUAUGGUUUGCUGUGUCUUGGAUAUUGGAUCAGUUCCCAAAAUGGUGUCCGAUUGUGCGAGAGACAUACCUUGAUCGUUUGUCCCUGAGGUAUGAGAAAGAAGGGAAACCAUCUGAACUGGCUGAUAUAGACAUAUUUGUAAGUACGGUAGAUCCAUUAAAAGAACCUCCACUUAUCACUGCAAAUACAGUUUUGUCCAUUCUCGCUGUAGAUUAUCCGGUUGACAAAGUUUCAUGCUAUGUCUCGGAUGAUGGAGCUGCCAUGCUUACUUUUGAAGCCCUCUCUGAGACAUCGGAGUUUGCACGUAAGUGGGUCCCAUUCUGCAAGAGGUUCAACAUUGAGCCAAGAGCCCCCGAAUGGUAUUUUUCUCAGAAGGUUGACUAUUUGAAAGACAAAGUGCAUCCAGCAUUUAUAAGAGAACGGCGUGCAAUGAAGAGGGAAUAUGAAGAGUUUAAAGUUCGGAUUAACGGAUUGGUAUCCAUGGCACAAAAGGUUCCGGAAGAUGGUUGGACAAUGCAGGAUGGGACUCCAUGGCCUGGGAACAAUGUCAGGGAUCAUCCUGGAAUGAUCCAGGUUUUCCUUGGUCAAAAUGGUGUUUGUGAUGUCGAAGGAAAUGAACUACCUCGCUUGAUUUAUGUGUCUCGUGAGAAGAGACCAGGAUUUGAUCACCACAAAAAGGCUGGGGCCAUGAAUGCCCUGGUGCGGGUCUCGGCAGUCAUCUCAAAUGCUCCUUAUCUCCUGAAUGUUGAUUGUGAUCACUACAUAAACAACAGUAAGGCACUUCGUGAAGCUAUGUGCUUCAUGAUGGACCCCACUUCUGGAAAGAAAAUCUGUUAUGUACAAUUUCCCCAAAGAUUUGACGGGAUUGAUCGUCAUGAUAGAUACUCCAAUCGCAAUGUCGUAUUCUUUGAUAUCAAUAUGAAAGGAUUGGAUGGGAUCCAAGGACCAAUAUAUGUCGGAACUGGGUGUGUCUUCAGGAGGCAAGCACUCUAUGGAUAUGAUGCCCCCAUCAAGAAGAAACCUCCUAGGAAAACAUGUAAUUGUUGGCCAAAAUGGUGCUGCUUCUGCUGUGGAUCUAGAAAGAACAAGAAAAAGAAGUUGAAUGACAAAAAGAAGUUGAAAAACAGGGAGGCUUCACGUCAGAUACAUGCACUAGAAAAUAUUGAAGAGGGAAUCGAAGGAAUAGAUAAUGAAAAAUCUUACCUAAUGCCCCAAGUAAAAUUUGAGAAAAAAUUUGGACAGUCAUCAGUUUUCAUAGCUUCUACACUGAUGGAAGAUGGUGGAGUUCCAAAAGGAGCAAGUCCUGCAUCUCUCUUGAAAGAAGCAAUCCAUGUUAUUAGCUGUGGUUAUGAAGAUAAAACAGAAUGGGGAAAAGAGGUUGGGUGGAUAUAUGGCUCUGUUACAGAGGAUAUACUUACCGGCUUCAAGAUGCACUGCCAUGGCUGGCGAUCAGUGUAUUGCAUGCCGAAAAGGCCUGCAUUUAAGGGUUCUGCUCCUAUAAACCUUUCAGAUCGUUUACACCAGGUUCUGCGGUGGGCCCUGGGAUCUGUUGAGAUUUUCUUCAGCAGGCAUUGUCCCAUAUGGUAUGGAUAUGGGUGCGGCUUGAAAGGGUUGGAGCGUUUUUCUUAUAUAAAUUCAGUCGUUUAUCCGCUGACAUCGAUUCCUUUGCUUGCUUACUGCACCUUGCCAGCUGUCUGCCUCCUUACUGGGAACUUCAUAGUUCCAGAGAUAAGCAACUAUGCUAGUCUUAUAUUCAUGGCCCUCUUCGUAUCCAUAGCUGCUACUGGCAUCCUUGAGAUGCAGUGGGGAGGUGUUGGCAUACACGACUGGUGGAGGAAUGAACAAUUCUGGGUUAUCGGUGGUGCCUCAUCUCAUCUGUUUGCUCUCUUCCAGGGCCUGCUUAAGGUUUUGGCAGGGGUUAACACAAACUUUACAGUUACAUCCAAAGCUGCGGAUGAUGGAGAGUUUUCUGAGCUCUACCUCUUCAAGUGGACAUCAUUGUUAAUCCCUCCCAUGUCCUUGCUAAUCAUAAACAUAAUCGGAGUUGUAGUUGGGGUCUCAGAUGCUAUCAAUAAUGGCUACGAUUCAUGGGGUCCACUCUUUGGUAAACUGUUUUUCGCCUUAUGGGUCAUUGUCCAUCUUUACCCAUUCCUUAAGGGGCUGAUGGGGAAACAGGACAGGAUUCCCACCAUUGUUGUGGUCUGGGCAAUCCUUCUAUCAUCAAUCUUCUCCCUUUUAUGGGUCAGAAUAAACCCAUUUCUUUCAAAGGGCGGUCUUGUACUAGAAGUAUGUGGUUUGGAUUGUGACUAAGAUAAACAACACAGAAGGUUGAAGUUGAGUUCUAUGCAUCAUCGUCAAUGAGGGCUAAGUUUUAAUGGUUGUCGACGAAUACAUCACAUGACACAGCAUGGUUUGUUAAUAAAAACCAUUUGGUGGAAAAGCAAAGAUGCAAGUCGCUAUCCUGGUUGGCUGCAUGUAGAUACAAAGGACCGGAUCUAACACAUAUUCUUCUGCAUUAGUUUUAGUUUUCAUCAAUUCUUUCUGAUACGUGGGAUAGUGUGGUGGAGGGGUGAUUGUAUUCAGAUAAUCUAUGUAGUCCCAAGAGAAAAUAAUAAAAAUCUUAGUGUGAUUCAUAAA